CCACGCAAAACUCCUUCUUGCGCUGGUCUGGUAUAAAUAAGCGUCCGCGCUUAGGGCCGCAAUCGAAGGAGUUCACCUCCCCCCUCUUCGGAAGCCCUUCCUUCCCUCCCUGUCCAUCUCGUCCGCUACGUAUAACGCGGGAGGGCAGCCAUGCAAUUCGACCUGCAGCCAUUGUCCAAACACAACAUCUCUACGCGAAAAGUUCACUGAAUAACGCUAUCCCACUACAAUAUUAUAAUAUUUUUUUUGCAACAACAGCAGCAACAACAACAACGCGCUAAAAAGACCCUAUUCCAGCAACAAGUUCCUUAAAACCUAUUACCGCCACUCCACAAACCACAGCCACAAAUAUCCACGCCUCCUCCUACACCGGGAACAUGGUAGCUCCCUGGAUAUUAUUCCUGAUCGUCGGUAUACUCUUGCAGAGCCUCGGUCUGUUCUGCUACUACAUGAGUGAACGCCAACGCAAGGCAUUCACGGCCGCCACAGCGGCCUCUCCAGCCUUGGGUCUUAUCCUCCCGAUAUCAGCCCCCACAGAGACCUUGCCUACCUACGCGGUCGUCAUCGCCGUGCCGCCCCCACCGACCUACGUUGCCGCCGACCUGUCGACUCUUCCGCAUCACCUCCAGGAACCAUCCACAUUGUCCUCGUCGUCAUCGCCUUCGGUGGUGCCGUGCGAUGGCACUGUAGCAACAGCAGCAGCAGCAGCAGCGGCAGCAGCAGCUACGACAGCUGUGGACGGGACACGAGAAGAACUAGGGGUGAACAAUCCGACCGAGGCCUCAAUGACACGGUCUCCUCCAUCCUAUUCGACCCUGAUAAUGUCUCCCUGACGCAUUUGAAGGGGGUGGGCGACUUUUUUUGUAGAGUGCUGGUGGCGAUAGAGCAAGCACUCCAAGUUGACGGUGAAGAAUGUCGCCGCGUCCUGUGUUCUAUAUAUAUACCCGAUGUGCGUUAUUGCUGUUGUUGUAGUUGUUGUUAGUUGUUGUUAGUUGUUGUUAGUUGUUGUUAGUUGCUGUUAG